AUGUUCGACGGCCGCGUGAACCGCGCCGAGUUCUUCUUCCAGCAGAUCCUUCCACUAGACAUGCUCCUGGGUUCGAUGAUCACGUUCAAGUUUGCCGAUCGCUUGGGUCGGGCCACGAUGCUCGAGCUCGCCGCCAUUCCGUAUGUCCUUGGUUGGUUGUUUGUGGGCGUGGCGUUCGGCCAAGUCAUGCUCCUCGUUUGUCGCUACUGCCUCGGCGUGGCCAUGUCGGUCUUCUCCAUCGUAGUGCCGAUUCUCUUGGCAGAACUGAGCGAAGACGACUCCCGGGGCCGCGUCCUCACCACGUCGCAGCUCAUCCACAUGCUCCGCGGCCGCAUGGUGUACACGCCAGUUCUUCGUCUGCUGCUUCGGCACAACGACCGCAUCAUGAGCUUCUCGGUUUGCCUAAAGAUCCAAAGCCCCGCCUCCGUGAACCGCAGCACGCGCGCCAAAAUCCGCGUCAACUCGAUUUUUGCACUCUGA